AUGCAUGUCGAGCCUGGAGAGAUGAUACGUGCAUGUGCCAAACAUCGUGAUAUACCACACGCGAUAAUGUUUCGAUUGGCAAAAGAGACAACCGAUGGUAAACGUUGGUUCCGACUAUUCUGUGCCCAUGGGUCGAGAGAGCAGGUCGAGUGGUUCUUGGACAACACUGGGUCCGACGAGAAAAAGGAUCUUGAUACAAUCGACUUUAUUGCAUCACUAGAGGUUGCACAUGUAUUGGUCGAGCGAUUCACAAACAACAACAACAAUAAUAAUAAUAAUAAUAAUAAUAACAAGUACAUGCCAUCAGAACAGACUAUUAGAGAUUGUAUUACCGAUGGACAGAUAGACAUUUUAAAUUAUUUUGUAGACUGUUCAUUGGUUAAAAAGGAACAUUUGGGACCUGGAUACCACACCAUUCUCAAGUCGGGAAAUAUCAGUAUACUCCAACUAUUCAUUCCCGAUCGAGACACGUUCCUUGUUCAUUGCAAGAGACCGACCUAUAUGGAAUACCCAAUUGCUACACUACGGUAUCUAUUCGAGUUGGCACCACAUGAGAUGGCGGUCAAUACAGCAGCCAAAAACUUUAAAUGGUUGCUUUACCCGGUCGUUGUCAAGGUGGCUGUCGAACCCAUCUUUUCGUCGAUGCUCAGUGUAUUGGACGACAGCUGUAAAAAGAACUUCCUCUUUAUGUUUGUACAGGCUGCCAUCUCUGUAGUGUCACCCGACAAUGUCGCGCGACUAUGCGCGCAGUUUAAACAUUUAUGGCAUACCGAAGAGUUGUUUGUAUUGACAUUAUCGUCACUACUACGAGGUAACCGAGCAAUCAUUGCACAGAUCAUGCCACUUUACUUGGACAAGUUUGCUAAAGGGUCAUUUACUCUUGGAUUAGACAGUUACUUUGCCGAUAUUAUAGGUCUAUUCUGUGAUAUUGGCCUAUGUGGAGACAUUGAAAUGUUUGACCUGGUCUAUAAUUGUCCAAUGUUUAACGGACCUGGAAGAGUACAUAUAACCAUUGCACAAGCAUUGCUCUCUGGAAACAUAAAAUUGGUCAAUCAUAUUCGUAGCACUUAUCCAAACUCGUUUGACACACCACGCGACAUUUGUCGUGUUGCCAAGGAUAUGGAGCAUGCCUCCUACCCCGUUCCCAUUCAAACCAGUCAAUACCUUGAAGAAGAAAAUAGCAAAUCCAAUUACACCAUAUUCUUUAAACCAACUCCUAACACACCAACCCCAUAUCCCAAGAGAUCAACAUAUCGUUUUGGUGAAUUAAUCAAACAAGAAAUGGAUUUUGUACUUUUAGAUGAACUUGCUCCAUAA